AUGGCCGUGGACGACGACGCCGCGACGGCGACGCGGGCGCCCUACGCCCGCGUCCGCGUCCGUGGGUCGUGCGCGGGGACGUCCGCGGCGAGCGCGCGCGCGGAGCGCGUCUCGAGCGCGCGCGUACGCGUGUUCGCGCGAAUCGAAGGGACGGAGAAACAAGCGAUCGCGGCGUCGACGAGCGCGAGCGAACGCGCGGUGGACGUCGCGUGUGGAUUGGCGUGCGCGGAUGCGUGUGAGCGGGCGGCGGCGUGCGCGGAGGCGGAGGAGGCGAGUGAGGUGUGCGCGGCGGCGUGCGCGGAUGCGUGCGAGCGGCGGCGGGACGGACGCGGGAAGUUUGAGGUGGCGCUGCGCGCGGGGAGCGAUGAGGCGAGAGGGUGGGAGGAGACGCUGCGCAUGCGGACGCGGGAGACGGGGCGGCGAGACGGAGACGGGGGUGGAGACGGUGCGCGUGGGAAGGAUGGGGGAAGGGACGACGGGUGA